GGUAUCAGUUGUCUCGUGAUGGUAAAACCUGUAAAGACAUUGAUGAGUGCUCUUCACGACGACUGCACAAAUGCAAGUACACUUGCUUCAAUUAUAUCGGUGGACAUGUAUGCGGAGAGAAAGUCGUCUACUCUAGACCACCUGUUAUCAUCUACGGUAAGAACAUCAGUUCAGCAAGCAUCUUCAUUCAGUGGACGAAGGUCCUAGGCGCCCUCCAAUAUGAAGUGGCGUAUAUACCGUUCAUGAUGGAUGAGAAACUGAGGAUUGUCACAUCGAAGGAGAUUGGUUUAGUUGUCACUGGUCUUAGAGCACUGAAGAUGUACAAGCUGUUUGUAAGGAGCACGUCAUUAGAUGGUAUUACAAGUCCAUGGAGCAAAUGUUUUACCAUGUCAACAGAUGAGCAUGAUCUCUGCGCUUCUCCAAUGAAUGUGACAGUUGCCGAGGUUGGWCGYCAGCAUGUUCUACUAGUGUCUUGGACGGGAGUAGAAUUCAUGGACGAUAUUCAUGGCCACGGACUCGGGUACCGAGUUGUAUACGUGAAAACCCACGYGACCAAACCUAAACCAGUUACCAUAACAACGACCAAUACGUCAGUCUUCAUAAAAGCAGUGGAGCCUGGUGCUAAUUAUAGCGUUAAAGUCUGCGUGUUUACAAGAAAAGGCGAUGGUCCUUAUUCACAGCCUGUUUUUAUUAGAGUUUUGCCAGAACAUCCGUGUGAUUACAUCAAGUGUCUGAACAAUGGAAUAUGUGAAGGCCAUUCUUGCCGUUGUUUGAAUCGCUACUAUGGGCAAUAUUGUCAGCAUUAUAUUAUAGAUUCCCAUCACAACAAAACCUGCACAAGUCCUGUCGUAAAGCUGGUCAACAUCAGUCACUCUUUGUCGACGGCUACAGUAUUUCUCAAAUCACAAACAAUAGUCGUUACUGCUCUUGUUAGCAACAACUGUAGUUUUCCAACUGAAACAACAUUGUGGACCGUGCAUUUACUUGGAAGUGACAAGGUUAUACAUGUAUCCAACUCAAGUCAGUCUUUAAUAAUCCCCAGUCGCUAUCUUCACUACGGUCGUUAUAAAGUCAAAGCAACUGUUGCGAUACAGGGCUAUCCUAUAUCCGGUACUGGGAUAGGGUACAUCCACAUAAAGCUUAGUCCUUUAGUAGCUCGCAUAAAAGGAGGAUCAUACUUAAAGGGGGCUGAUAGUAUUACCCUUGAUGCUUCUGAUUCCUUUGAUCCCGAUUCCGGGUCUUCAUCCGGGUUUUCAUUCUCCUGGCUAUGUACGACAACCGGGGACUGUUUCACCAACGAACCCCUGGAGUCUCCGACAGUCGAAUUUCCUUGGUUACUGUCGUCUUCCGUUCGUGUACCGUUUUAUAACAAAGGUGGUUGCUAUGACACCGGGGUGGGGUUUUUGCCAACGACUGGCCCGGUGCUUGUACUCCGUUUAUCAUACAUGAGACCCGGUAUACGACAUGUUACCGUAGUUAUACAGAAAGGGAGACGAAAAUCGCUGUUGAAGAAGGAAAUCGUGAUCACGCAUAAAGCUACUAUACGGUUGUCAAUCAGGUGCUURAAGAACUGUCGUUCUCCAGUUGAUCCCAAGGCAAAGAUUGCYUUAGCUCCAUCUUGCUCCAGGUCAUGCGAGGAGAAUGUGCAAUAYMMCUGGUCAGCGUACUACGGUAGUGAAGGAGACACRUGGCAAAACAUMWCUGGCAUCGARAAACAUUUUGAGACGUCUAUGACGUCAUUGGUAAUAGAAGCGUUCACWUUUAAACCUGGUCGGACCGUGAAAAUAGAGUUGAGGGUGCAUAAACCGACCUUCAAAUCAAUGAAAGCUUUCUACACUUUCACAAURAACACACCRCCACGUGGUGGGCGUUGCCUUGUYACGCCUAAASAGGGCGUGGCAUUAAGGACCAAGUUUAGAUUCUAUUGCUACAACUGGACGGAUAAUCACRAGCCCAUAAAGUACGCCUUUUCAUACGUGACRUUAGACGGARUAAACAAUGUAGUACAGAAAGGGUUUCUACCUAGCAUGAGGGUAUCUCUGUCACCAGGCAACAAGAACGUCACUAUUGACGUCAUUGACGCCUAUGGUGCUUAUAUAUCUGUUUAUGUCUUCGUUAAGGUGAAUUCCGAGGUUUCUGAAAAUGAAAAAGUGAAAGAAGCAAGCAAACUCAUCAUAGGAAAAACAAGCGAUUUAAGUAGCCUUAUAAGAAAGAACGAAACUAAACAGGCAUAUCUACUUUCAAGAAAUGUCUUACAACUUUUGAAUGAUCGUAAAAAUAGGACAGAUAUCGCAGAUGCCAUUAAGAUCAAGUCAGAAAUCAUCAGACAAGUGACGUCAGUUGGUGCAAAAACUGUUGACGAUAUUCGGGACCAGUCAUCAAUUAUUACACAAGCAACCGCUGUCCCCAACGAAGUUAGUCAGACUGCUCAGGASGUUGCUGCCCAGGCCUUGGUUAAGAUGACAAUGRUCUUAAAGCGUGAAAGUASCAAAACAACRARUGUUCGUAGUUUGGAAAGUAGUGCGAGCAGUCUUCUCUCUGGGAUUVCAAACUCUCUCAUAAUCUCAAGUUCCAAUGCUAAAUACCAAAAAGAAGAAGAAAAGAAACGUACGAACUAUAUUCGAUACAAUAAAAAUCUUUCGCUAKUUCUAAUCAAUGCAACAAAGACAAUUGGAAAGGCGAUUUUGUCUAAAAUUGUUGUAGGUGAAAAGCCUACAGUUCUGAAGCAAGGGUCGUUGUUAGCGCUUAUAGUUUCUCGACAAACGCCUUCAGUUCUUUCUGGAGCGGUACUUAAACACAAGGGGACACAAUUCACCUUUCCAAAUAAUCCCACCAUAUUUGGUAACACUACAGCCGUUGACAGUCAGAUUCUCGUCUCAAGCUUCAACAUGUUUUCGUGGCAUAAAACGUCCCAACGACCGACAUCGAUUGUAGCGAGUCUUGAGACAACAGAUUUCGACGGUCKUCCAAUCACAAUGAAGAAUCUCUCUGACGACGUAACUAUCCAACUGCCUCAACGAAUCAAAACAGUCCCUGACAUCCGAGAGUUUUCUGUAGAAUUUGGUCGGACGAAUUACCACAAAGUUCAGGUCAACUACUCCGAUAUAACACURAACAUCAAUAUUCAACCAACCGAUAAUAAAACAACGCUGUUGAUUGCCACUAAUUAUGGUGCGAGACCAGCAAAUGACACCGACUACAAGAUGGUGUUACCAGUUCGUGGAUCACGUGACCUAUACAGUGUUCGAAUCGCUUCCCAGUCUGGUUUUUAUUUUGUUGGGGUCAGAAGUGGGAUGAGUAGCCUGAACUACAAGUCAAGGAUAAAAUAUACUAUGCAUGUUUCUGCAUCAGCUUGUCUAUACUGGUCUGAGAAUAAAAUGAAAUGGGUCUCUGAUGGCUGUAAGGUUGGUAGUCAGUGGACGGCUGAGUCAUCGGUUUGCAAGUGCAACCACUUGACGGCAUUUGCUUCCCAGUUCUAUGUCGCCCCAAAUCCUAUYGACUUUGGUGUUGUGUUCGUCAAGUUUACCGAAAUUCCCGAGAGUGGUAACAUUGUAGCUUUCGUUGCUCUUGGUUGCAUCUUCCUUGUGUAUGUUAUUGGUGUUUCGUGGGCAAGACGACAGGAUAAUAAYGACAAGAUUAAGGUUGGUGUCAGUCCAUUUCUGGGUUCUYUGUCUUCCACUGCGCACCAAUACCAAGUCGCUAUUACUACAGGAGUGUGGCGAAACUCGGGCACAACUGCGCGUGUUUACAUUGUCCUCCAAGGAAGGGAAUCAAGUCAUCCUGUACUUCUUCAUAAUCCUUCUUGUGUUCCAUUUUCUCGAGGGAACACCGAURUUUUCGUAUUGUCCUUCCWGGAAAACUUGGGUAAAAUCAACAAAAUACGGAUCUGGCACGAUAACUCCGGUUCUAACCCCUCAUGGUAUCUUAGCCACGUCGUUAUAACAAGUCGAGAUCAUCACCAGCCGUCAACAUUCAUCUUCCAACAAUGGCUUGCCGUGGAAAAAGGCGCUGGGYUUGUAGACCGCAMCAAAAGUGYAUCCACAAAGGAAGAGCUUAACAGCUUCAAGACUUCGUUCAAUGGCCGGCUUUCCGAAGGACUCGCUAAUGAACAUYUGUGGUGUUCUGUGUUCGCCAAGACUCCCAAUUCARUGUUCACGAGGGUACAAAGGGUAACAUGUUGUUGGUCUAUUGUCUUGAGUAUGAUGCUGGUAAGYGCCAUGUUUUACGAGCUGGCGCCACAGCAGUCAUCAAACAACGAUCCUUCUYUGAAAAUCGGUCCAUUACGCCUURAGCUGCGCCAGAUAUUGGUGGCAUUGCAAAGCACACUUAUUGUCGCUCCAUUUCAUAUCUUUAUCGUGUUUAUUUUUGAACAUAUACGACCAUCGCCAACUCCUUCAGCGAAGUUCGAUACCAGGUAUUCGAUUACUCGYCCAGUAACGUUCCCAAAGGAUACCACAAAGACAUGUACACUACGUCUUCCAAAUUGCUUUGUCUGCGUGGCGUAUUUGUUGUGUUUUAUGUCCAUCAUAAUUUCAUCGCUGUUCAUAAUCUUCUACUCCCUGCAAUGGGGGCAAGAGAUAACAACUCAGUGGUUAAUAUCAAUUGUAAUGUCUCUUUCAUUGGACAUAUUCAUCGAGAAACCGAUGAGCUUACUGUUACUGGUGCUGCUAGGCGUUUUAGUUUGUCGCAGGGGUGCUCCUAGCUUAGUACUGAAGAGAUCGUUCAAGGGAAGUGGUGCCGUGGUGAGUAUGGAUGAUGUCCAGCCAUCAAAAGGGAUGCUGGAUCCAGACAAUAACGAAGAGGUUCAUAAACAGCCAGUGCCUCCAAGCAAGGAAGAACUGCGCAACGCAACGCGACUUGAAAAGAUGAACAUGUCGUUACAACACUGGUUCAUUGAGCUUGUGUUUUUUAUUAUUUAUCUUUGGAGCCUAAUGAUGGUGGCUUAUGCAGGAAGGGACUACUUCAUGUAUACCUCGACAUCCACUAUAUCAAAGGCAAUAGAUGGCAGCCCGGAGUAUGAAAUUAAGGAUGUUACUUCGUUUUGGAACUGGAUAAGCAAUUUUCUGCUGCCGUCAUUGUAUGGAGACCUCACUGGAGAUUAUGUUCAUGUCGGGAUGCCAAUAAUCACACAGAAAAGAGUGAAAAGAGGKCAAUGCACCGUGAGCCCCCUUCAAUCAGCUAUUAAUUGUACUGUGCCAUACAAGCCCUCUUUUGAAGAAUCACAUUCCUUCCGACCAAGAUGGCUUCAAACCUUGCAAAACGCAUCCUCCUUYAAUGCCACCACAACAUUUGAAGAAGCUUGGGUGUAUUCAUCUAUUGGAGGCCCAACAUGGAGCUACCUGGACAGUCUUCGUGUGUAUUCCAGCGGAGGAUACAGUGCGAUCAUGGAAAGCCCUCUUGAUAGGGCACAAGGCAYCAUCAAUAGUCUCAAAGCUAAAGGCUGGGUGGACAGACAAACAGCGGCUCUGUUUCUCGUGUUUGUCCUGUUUAACUCCGAGACCAUGCUCUUYAGCCGAGUCAAGAUAGUCAUUGAAAAGAGUUCGAUUGGAACAUUGGAAAGAACUGGCACACAGAUCGAGACCAUCCGUGUGUAUGACAUAGGAGCUGGCUACGAUGUGGUUCUUCUACUGGUUCAGUUAUUGUUUCCACUGCUUGUCUUGUAUUACCUUGUGAAGCAAAUCAUUUSGAUGAGAAAAGGCUUGGUUAAGUACUUAAGCAMUGUGUUCAACUGGGUGGAGAACUUCCAAAUUAUCUUUGCCAUUGCAUGGAUUGUUGUCAAUGUAUUUAAGUUGGUACAUGUGGACAUCAUCAGCAAACAAUUGAAGGAAAACAUCCAGCAGRGUAAUAACGAGUUUGAGUUUGUGGUGCAGUUACAUUACACUACCAAUAUAMUGUUGGCGUUUUUGAUAUUCCUCAACACCUUGAAACUACUGAUGAGGAUAAGAUUUGGACCAGUGGAGCAUUUCUUCGGCGUCCUUGGUACCGCUAUAAGGGAUGUACUAUCUUACUCAGUAAUGCUGGUCAUUGGUUUGUUUGCUUUUGUUCAWUUUGGGGUACUUGUAUUUGGGCGAGACCUUCACGCGUUCAGYACCGUCUUGGAAUGYCUAGUAACUUUAUGUUCUGUUAUGAUCGGUAAUCAGUUUGACUUCUACUCGAUCAAGUUCAGUAAUCGGAUACUUGGCCCUUUUUACCACACACUUUAUGGUCUGGCAUCCAUGUUCGUUUUCGUCAACAUCUUCAUUCUCAUCUUGAUCCAUUACAUCGACUUCCAAGCAAACACACACCGACACCUCUACGGUCUUGGGCGAUUCAUUAUCGAUCGUUUGAAGGAAGCAUUMGGGCGCGGGAAAACUGUCCUUCCACGAGAACUGACCGAAAUGGAAGAGCUCAGAAGACAAUGUCAUUACGCUAUGUCGUGGUUCAAGACUAAGACAUGCAGRCGUUUGGAAAAUUUACAAACUCUKGUAAAACUCCGCAACUCGAGCCCUUCGAAGUAUCACCGUAAGAAAGAGAAAGAUUCCAGGACGCAAUUGUGUGGACUUCUUUCGUUUCAAGACGAKGAMAAGCCUUCUCAACUCAACCUGCUCUGUCCAGAGCACACUCUUCAAGAGGUAAUUGACAGAAAAUUGAAGAAGUUGAAUACUCUAAUGAAUAAGGACUAUGCCUCCGAGUUUGGUGAGGAUCUGGACACCUCUCGCAUCUAUUCAGCUGUAUGCAAUAGAACCCUGAAGCCGAAACUUCCCCGUUCCAUUCCAGAAGUAUUUUUCAGUAAAUAUGUCACUGRGGUUGUGGAAGAUAUCGACUAUUCGUGCGUCAACACCGCGGUCAGCACAACGGCGUUGAAAACGAGAGUUCCCCGGUCAAUGCCCGGGAUAUUCAACAGACACGAUGGAUAACCUUCCAAGGCGAUUAAACUAAUGAUAAAAUCCUAAUGACGAACUUUGCGAUUUUGAGGGCACAGUGUAAAGGUAUUUGGUAUUAUCAACUCAAGCCGGUUCUUGCAGGAAAUAUGAUUUUUCGUUUCAUUAAAAUUUGAUUGGACAUGAACGUCAUAGAUUAUAAGAUUAUUCGUGUGGUUGAGAAAAGUGUAUAACCUUAAUUUUGUUGCGAYUCKUUAUUGAAUAACAAUACAAGCAUUGAUAGUUUUGGAUUUUAUAUCCGAAACGAAAAAUAAA